AUGCCACACAGAAAAGAUACCUCCACCUCACCCACUCAAAAGCAAGAAGGGAGGGGAGAUCGGACAGAGUACUAUGAAUACCAUCGACUCUACGGAAAUCCCACCAACGAAUGCUUCGAUUUAAAGAAUAUCAUAGAAAAAUUGGUAAGAACGGGAAGACUAUAUCGGUACUUAGCCAACAAAUCAGAUGAGCCAAGAAAAAGAAGAAGAGAAGAAGAGGUUGGACGAACUGAACGACCACCUCGCACCUUGGAGAGACACGUCCACAUGAUAGAUGGAGGAUUUGCAGGAGGGGGAGUCUCCAAAUCAUCUCGCAAAAGACAUCUGAAGGAGAUAUAUCACGUCAAAGAAGGAGAAGGAGCACCCGAACUCCCUACUAUCACCUUCACUAAAGAAGACGCAGCUGGUAUCAUCUCAGGACAUGACGAUCCCAUGGUCAUCACUAUCAUGUUAGCCAAUGCUAAUCUCCACCGCACGUUGGUAGACCAGGGAAGCUCGAUGGACAUUCUGUUAAAAAUGGCCUUUGACAAACUCGGCCUAGAGGAAAAAGAGCUCAAAGCAUAUCCAAACAGCCUAUUCGGACUGGGAGACGCUCCAAUCCAACCACUUGGAUAUAUCUCCCUGCACACCACCUUUGGAAAAGGAAAUCGGUCAAGGACACUCAACAUAGACUACAUCGUGGUUGACGUAGGUACAUCCUACAAUGCCCUGAUUGGUCGGACAACGCUAAAUCAGCUUAGCGCAGUAGUCUCGACUCCACAUCUAUGCAUGAAGUUCCCGACCACAGAAGGAAUUGCAACAGUAAGAGCAGACCAGAAGACAGCGCACCGCUGGUACAACAAAAGUCUGAAUCUCAGAGGCAAAAGAGAAGAAAUCCACGCCAUUGAGCUCGGGAGAGUUCAAGGACAGGAAGAACUUCGUCCACAACCUAAAGGUGAAACAAAAAAGUUCAAAUCGGAGAUACUCCAGAUAAAAUGA